AGGAAGCGAAAGGUAACAGCCCGUCCCCGCCAGGCUGAGUCUCCCCCACGCUGAGCAGGGGCGGGCCGGGCCCAUGGUGAGGAGGAGGAGCAGAAGCCGGGACUGGGGGCCAACGGCGCCUCCAGUCUGUCCUGGAGGAGGCGGCAGCGGCCGCGGCACCACGAGGAGGAGGAGCUGCGGCAGCAACAGCGGCGGCGCGGAGCUGGAGCAGCUGCCCCUGAACAUGGCGGCAGCGGAGCAGCACUUCACGGAAUCCGCCGCCCCCCUCCCGCCGUCUGGGUCGGUGCCGGUUCUCUUCUGCUUCUCUGUGUUCGCCAGGCCUUCGUCGGUGCCGCACAGCUCUGGCUAUGAGGUCCUGAUCCAGAAGUUCCUGAGCCUCUACGGCGACCAGCUCGACAUGCACCGCAAGUUCGUGGUGCAGCUUUUCUCUGAGGAGUGGAGCCAGUACAUAGACCUGCCGAAGGGCUUUCUGGUGAACGAGCGCUGCAAAGUCCGCCUCGUGCCGUUGCAGAUACAGCUAACUACCCUGGGAAACCUCACACCUUCAAGCACUGUGUUUUUCUGUUGUGAUAUGCAAGAGAGAUUCAGACCUGCUAUCAAGUAUUUUGGAGAUAUUAUCAGUGUAGGCCAACGACUGCUUCAAGGUGCACGGAUUUUAGGAAUCCCUGUUAUUGUAACAGAACAGUAUCCUAAAGGUCUUGGGAGCACAGUGCAGGAAAUCGAUUUAACUGGAGCAAAACUUGUCUUACCCAAAACAAAGUUUUCUAUGGUGUUGCCUGAAGUCGAGACUGCAUUAGCAGAAAUUCCUGGAGUUCGCAGUGUUGUUUUAUUUGGAGUAGAAACUCAUGUAUGCAUCCAACAGACAGCUUUGGAAUUGGUGGGCAGAGGUCUGGAAGUUCAUAUUGUGGCAGAUGCAACCUCCUCAAGAAGUAUGAUGGAUAGAAUGUUUGCCCUAGAGCGUUUUGCUCGCACCGGGAUUAUUGUGACUACUAGUGAAGCUAUAUUGUUGCAGCUGAUAGCUGACAAAGAUCAUCCCAAAUUUAAAGAAAUCCAGAACCUCAUUAAGGCAAGUGCUCCAGAGUCGGGACUUCUUUCCAAAGUAUAAAGUGGGUGACCUUGAAAGAACCUUGGCAGUAAAAGGAGACUUAAAGCUGUAAGUGUACAUACACACACAAACACACACACAUACCCCUCUUCUUCUCCUGGCUGAAGUAUAAAACCACAAAUUAAUGUAUUUAUGCUUGCCUUAGCAGAAUUUGUUUGGCUUUGCUGUCAAAAUUCAGUUAAUCCCUAUUCUUAAAUCUUUGGGUACUACAGAAUUGUUUUGUUUUAAGAACAAAAUUUAAAAAUAGGUGCUGUUUGUCUGUACUGUACUCACUGAUUGUAACGAC